AUGGCUUUCAUGCAAACAUCCUUCAAGUCUGGCUGGAUUACCGAUCUGGUCCUGCCCGCUCCGCCAGAGGGAAAGUCUCCACAAGAUGUACUCGACGCCGGCUACGAACUGGCGCUCAAGAUGUGCACGGAUCCGAUCCUGAUGGCCCAGCUGAAUCCGCUUGUCAACAAGGUGGUCAACAUUCCCGCCUCGGAUCCCAAAGCCGUCGACCACAAGGCAAUGUGCAAGGAUUUCAAGGUCGACCUCGACGCCGACUAUGCGGCCGAGGACUUCCAGCAUUACGCCAUCACGGACAAGCUCAACGUGAUUCCGGGCUACAGCACAGACCUGACAUAUUACAGCGCGAUCCGACGCACCAAGGACGGCAUGGAGGCGCUCACCAACCCAGGCUCAGGCGUGACCAUUUACGGUCGGUUCACCAUCCGGAUCGCCGAGCCACGCGACGUCAAAGCGUUGGACGCGAGCGACGGCAAGGGCUGGGUGGUCAACUUUUACGAAACCAACGAGUUGAGGUGCAACGUCAUGCUGAGCUACUACAUCCGCGCCACGACGGACAAGUCGCACAGGACAGCCCAUGGUCGGUUCAAGGAGAUGUGGUACCAAGGGAUGAAGGACAUGGGGUAUCCAUCCACGUCGUGA